UCAAUACAAGGAUAUGCUCAACUUCUGUUAGGAUUACCAGUGCUCCAAAGUGUGGGGAGAUGUGAUUCCUUUGGUCAGGUUCUUGAAUAUAUCAGUAAACACAGGAAUACAGAAUUGAUUCUUCCAAUACAAUCCCUACACAGUCGUGAUAUGAACCUCGAGCAUCUAGAAUUAUUUGUCAGGUUUUGUCCUGGAGCUAAGCAUGUGAACCUGUAUGUGGAUGAGGAUGGACAUCUGCUCACCCCGCUCACUAGGCUGACCUGCCUACAGGAGCUCAAACUUCUAGCUUGCAACUUCUACAGUGAUAGGGUUGACAGACUCCUCAGGGAGCGAGGGUGUGAACUGACAUUAUUGCAUUUAGAACAUGUUGAUCAACUUGACAUGUCAGCACUAUGUAUCAUAGCGGAGACAUGCCCCUUACUCAGGAAGUUGGUGUUCUUCAGCUGUGAUUUUGUUGAAAACUUUGGAAAUUCAGAAAAUAAUCGAGAAUUCAGUACUGCACCGUUCCUCCAUCUUGAAAGUAUGGUUUGUGUUUCUGAAUCUGCUCCCAACGUGAUAGAGUUCCUUCUAAUACACGCUUUAAAUCUUCAGUAUGUUCAGUUUGGUUCAACAGCCUGGUUUAAUGAUGCCAUAGUUGGAAAUGUACUUAGCAGAAAUGCUCUGAAGAAAGUUGAAGAAAUUAGAAUCCUGAGAUCCUACGAACUGAGUAUGCAAGCUGUCAGGUCCCUGAUAAACGAGUGCCCAAACUUGAAAGUUCUGGCUGAGAUGGAUGGAUGGGAAGGAAUAGCGGAAAGUGAAUUGAGGGAGCUGAGAGCAGAAAUCAAACAGAAGAAUUGGGAUCUUGAUACAUUCAUCUCCUGGUCUGUUACAGGAUAGUAAACCACUUAUACCAAAUAUGCAAAUUGUCGUUUAAUUUAAAAAUUCUACUUUUUUGGAUCUUCCUGUAACAUAGAAAGUAAAACAUGUCAAACAUGUCAAAUUUAUUGCUGAGAAAAGAUGUUUUAAGAUUUUAAUUUAUAUUUUUUGUGAUCAAGAAAUUUACAAUUUUGUACAAACUCUACUAUUUUGGUGUUAUAAGAAUAAAAAUGUAUAAUAGUA